UUACUAAUAUUGCGACCCCACUCCUUCACCUCAACGAAGACGUGAAUUUUAUUUUCUCAAACAAUUUAAAAUUUCUCGUACAUUUACCAAAUCUUUUGAGGACAGAAAACAUCUUGCAUUAGCCGAAAACGAUAAUGAUGAUUAUGAUGAUGAUGACAAAUGAUAACAGGACACAAAGUUAGAAGGUCAAUUGUUACUUGAAUAACAGUAGGUACGAAAAAGGAAAAAAAAGACAGGAACGAGAAACUAAACAUGAUCAUUUAAUUGAGGUUUUUAAACACAUUGUAUAAACGAUAAAGAAAUGCGCAAUUGGAUUAUCUUACAAAAUAUUUAUCGCACAUUCAUCAAAUGUUUUGCGGACUGAUUACUGCUAUAUAUAGUUCAUCGUUGAAAAGACCAAGCUAUAUUCAACUUCACCAUUUGUUAAAAGUUGUGUUAAAGAAAAGAUGAAUAGGCAUAUCCAGAGAUUUACAUCUUUUGUGAGCUGGCCAAUGGUACCUGCUAAAAUUGGAUUUUUUUUGCUAUUUGCCAUGCAAGGAAGCUAUCUACCAUUUUUGAAUGUGUUUUUAACGUCUUUAGGUUUGUCUGUGUCGAAGGCAGGUUUAAUUACCGGCCUUAGAGCUGUUCCUGCGUUUCUUGCUUCUCCAGUGUGGGGAUUGCUUACAGAUUACACCGGAAGACGAAAAACAAUUUUUAUUUUGCUACAGAUUGGAACCCUGUUAUUAAUAUUUUCGCUACCCUGGGCUGGACGACAUUUGUAUGUCAAGCAAUCGUUAGCCGAAGGUAACCAAACAGUAUCCGCGCAAGUAGAACCUAUAGCAGAAACACUUAACGUAACAAAUGAUCUAUAUUUGACCUCAGUGCCAGAGACUUUGUCAGAGACAUGCGUUGAAACUAAUACGAAAACAAGUUCUAAGCUUUUUUAUAGCAUGCUUGCUUUGUUGCUGACAUCAGCAAUAUUUGACAGUUCAUUGAUUGGGUUUAUAAAUGCUGUUAUUGUGAAACUUGUUCGUUCAAAUAAAGCUGCGUUUGGAAAACAGAGAAUGUUUGGCUCACUUGGUUUUUCACUGGCAACAUACUUUGGCUUUUACGUAGCAGUUACGUAUCAGGGAUAUUCCAAAUAUGCUGGGAUCUUUUACGUAUUUGUGUUCUUCAACGUUAUUUUCUUUCCCGUUGGACUUUAUCUAUUGAAACAGGAAAAAACUGAAGAAGAUUCGAAGUCCACCCCACAUCAACAAAGAUCAGCGAAACUCAAACUACUUGUUAAAACUUGUUCAUCUUUCAGCAACUUGAUAUUUUUCCUCACUGUUUUGUUAAUGGGGAUUGCCAAUAGUGCGAGCUAUGGUUUCUUGAUCGUUUUAAUGGAAUCAAUGGGUGCUUCUACGUCAGCUAUUGCACUCAGUAUGGCAGCGCCAUCAGUAUCUGAUUUCCUUGUGUUUGGUUUUGCUAAGGACAUGAUCAGUUUUUUACGAGGACCUCUUCCAAGUAUAGAGAUUUCUAUUGUCUCAUGUUCCAUCAGAUUUAUCUUGAUUUCAUAUGCUGAGAACGCUUGGUAUAUAGGGCCGAUUCAGAUGUUAAACGGGAUAAGUUAUGCUCUAUUCUGGACGGCUGCUGUAAAACAUACAGAUGUAAUCGCCUCAAAGGAGAUACAUACCACCAUGUUUACUCUGCUGAAUGGUGUUCAAUUUUCACUUGGAAUUUUGAUUGGUAACGUUUUAGGAGGGUUCUUGUACGAUAUGUACGGUGGACGAAUUUUGUUCAGGAUCCUUUCGGUCUCUUGUGCUGUGUGGAGUGUCGUAUUUUUUAUUUGUUAUGCUGCAUUUAUGAAAACGAAAGUGCAUCCACGUGUUCAGACUGAUCAAGUAGAGGGUGCAAACACAGCUUAAACAAGUAAAAAAACACGAAUUAAUUCUGACUAAGUAACUCAUAUUGUUGUAAAAUCUAAGCAUCAUUUUUUUUUAAAAAAACAGACCCAAAAUGUGAGUUGUCAUUGAUUAACACCUAGAUGGUUCAUGCAUAAACAACAUAAAACUACAAAAUGUUAGCUAGGUUCCCUCCCUUUUAUCCCUCCUUCAUUGCACAUUAACCACUAAAUUUUCUGACUCACUGUUUUAAGAUCCCUUCGUUUAUUCGGGAGCCAAGAGUACUUAAAAGUUUGAUUACAUUUUGGUCAUGAAGUUUUAAAAAUAAUUUUUUUUUCCUUUAGGUAUGUACUCAUUUUACCUACGUUCACACCACUACCAAACUAUUUACAAAAAACGAAGGAUUUUCAUUAAAUUUUUUAAUUCAUUGUUUAGCUUGAAAAAAGAAUAAAAAGUAUUAAAAUAUUUACAAUAAGAGCUCUAACAUACCUUAAACUAAAUAUUUUAUGGUGAAGAUAUUACUUGCC